CUUCCUCUCGCCAUCUCUCCCUCCAUGCCCUCUCUCUCUCAUCCUGCCUCCCUCUCUCCUUCCUUCCAUCCCUCCCUGUCUUCCUCUCGCCAACCCACCCUCCAUCCCUUCCUCUCCCCAUCAUCCCUCCCUCCUCCCCUGGGUAUCCUGCUCUGUGGCUGUGCUCGGGAGCUUGUUGCAUAUCGUGCCAGGGGGUCCUGACACGUGGCCUGUCCAGACACAUGUAUAGACCCUAACCCUGCACCAAUCAGCUGAUCACACCCUAACCCUGCACCAAUCAGCUGAUCACACACACACACCUCCUGUAAGUGACUGGUUCAGUGGCUGAUUAACUCUGAUCCCAGACCCAACACCCCCACCCCUUACAGGAUUCCUCACUCACCGGUCUGUCCCCUCCCUCUGCCCUCCACCCUGCACAAAGAAGUUCAGUCACCUGACCUACAGACUUCAAAACAUCCAACCUGUUCCUAUGUUAGCUCAGACCAGAGGGAACGAGGCGAGGAUAGGAUCUUGCUGCUCUGCCCUCUCUCUCAUCAAACCAGGGUUCCACCAGGGUUCCCAGAGUGAGGAGACCAUGCGUGUCCACACACACACCAAGCUGUGUUUCCUGUGCGUGCUCACCUUCCUGUUCCACCAUGGCAGCCACUGCCACGGUGACGGCCAUCACCACCACGACCAUCGCCACGGCGACCACAGCGAGCAUAGCGACCACGAGGGCCACGGUCAUGCCCACAGCGACCUGCAGCUGAACCCAGCCCCCAGGACCCCCCCGGCCGGCAGGACCCCCCCGGCCGGCCGGACCCCCCCGGCCGGCAGCACGCUGGAGGAGGAGCAGCGCUUCUACAUCGCUCAGUUGUUUCGACGCUACGGCCAGCGGGACCGGCUGGACUUUGGGGGCUUCCAGAGCCUGCUGCUCAGCCUGGGUCUGGGGGAGGUAAAGCUGGUGGGGCUGGAGCACGAGGAGCUGGGCCACGACCACGUGGCUCACCUGGACCUGCUGGAGGUGCAGGAGGGGCUGCACCACCACACUCCCACCCGGGAGAGCCACCAUGGCCACGGCAGGGCCAGCAAGCACCCCCACCCCGAGCACCACCCCACACACUCCUCCACCUCCUCCCCCUGCCACCCCCCUCCAGGCCGGCCACACCCCACUGCUCACAGAGGCCCCUCCCACGACCUCCACACUGGGGAGGACACUGACCAUAAACAUGACCAUGACCACGAUCAUAACCACGACCAUGACCACGAUCAUAACCACGACCACGAUCAUGACCAUGACCACGACCAUGAUCACGACCAUGAUCACGAUCAUAACCACGACCAUGAUCACGACCAUGACCACGACCACGAUCAUAACCACGAGCACCGGCAUGACCAGGCUAAAGAGCACAAAACUGACAUGGACAAACUGUCUCUGAACCAGGAAGAGCUCAGCUCCAAAACCCUGCCUCAGGAACACCACGCCCCUCGACCACCUCCUCCCCCUCACACACAGGGGGGAGCAGACCCCCCCCCCAGUCACCCGGAGCAGCCAGCAGCCUCCUCAGAGCCCCCCCAGCCGGGAACUGCCCCCCCGACCAACAGGCCCAGGAGAUCCAGGAAACCCAGCAGAGGAAACAGGAAUCAGCAGAGAACAUCAACACCAUCACCUCUCACAACCACCCCCGAACAGAAUAACCACAGUGGUCAAGACCAUGACCAUCACCAUGGACACCGGCACGACAGCGGUUACGGACAUGGACCCAGUCAUCCCAAUAAGAAGAAGCGUGAGGCGCCGGGCGAGGCGCCCAGCCCCACGAGGGCAUCGCCUGCUCUGCCAGAGCACCCAGCCGGGGCUGCUCACCAGCAUGAGGAGUGUCUUAACCUGACCCAGCUCCUCAGCUACUAUGGCCUGAGCUCUGAGUCGCUCAUCUCGCCUGCUCAGUUCACCUACCUGUGCCCAGCCCUGCUCUACCAGAUCGACAGCCGGGUGUGCAUCCGCCACUACCACCAGGUGGAGGUGGAGCAGGCCGCGCUGGAGCCCGCCAGCUCCGUGUGGAUCUGGGUGUGGGGCUUCGUGUCCAUCUCCAUCAUCAGCCUGCUGUCCCUGCUGGGGGUAGUGCUGGUGCCCAUCCUCAACCAGGCCUGCUUCAAGUUCCUGCUCACCUUCCUGGUGGCCCUGGCUGUGGGGACACUGAGUGGAGACGCCCUGCUGCAUCUGCUGCCCCACUCGCAGGGCCAGCACGACCACUCCCACUCCGGGGAGCAGAGCCAGGCAGGGGAGCAGGACCUGCUGACGGCCUUCGACGGCGUGUGGAAGGGUCUGACUGCUCUGGGCGGAAUCUACCUGCUCUUCAUCAUCGAACACUGCCUGGGCAUGUUCCAGCACUACCGCGACCAGGGGGGCAGCUUGUGUGGUGGGAAGAAGAAAGGCGAGGAAGCCAAGAUCGGCAGGAAACUGUCAGAUCACAAACUGAACCGACGCUCCGACGCAGAGUGGCUCCACCUCAAGCCCCUGACCGAGGUCCCCGACCCUGUGGUCCUGUCCUGUGACAACGGCCACAGCGACAGCCAGCUCUCCGAGCUGCAGCCACUUGACUCGUCCAGUAACAAGCUGCCGCCAGCCGACACCCCACACCAGCAGGCCGACGCCCCUCACCAGCAGGCUGACUCCCCCGCCCCAGAGAACGGCCGGCACGCCAAGAAACACGGUCACUCUCACAGCCACUCUCAUGGCCACUCACAUGGGGGGAACUGCCACUCGGACCAGGAGAUGAAGGAUGCAGGAAUUGCCAGCAUCGCCUGGAUGGUCAUCAUGGGGGACGGCAUGCACAACUUCAGUGACGGCCUGGCCAUAGGAGCGGCGUUCAGCGCUAACAUCACGGGCGGCAUCAGCACGUCGGUCGCUGUGUUCUGUCACGAGCUGCCUCAUGAGCUGGGUGACUUUGCUGUGCUGCUGAAGGCAGGCAUGUCCGUCAAGCAGGCCAUCGUGUACAACCUGCUCUCCGCUCUCAUGGCCUACGUGGGCAUGAUCAUCGGCACGGCGGUGGGCCAGUACACUCACAACGUCACCAGCUGGAUCUUCGCUGUGACCGCCGGCAUGUUCCUCUACGUGGCUCUCGUGGACAUGCUGCCAGAGAUGCUCCACGGCGACAGCGAGGAUCACAAGCGCUGCCAGCUGGGACACUUUGUGCUGCAGAACUGUGGCAUGCUCACUGGGUUUGGCAUCAUGCUGCUCAUCGCCAUCUUCGAAGACCAAAUAGUGCUUGAUUUCGGCUUCUAGUUUGGGGGUGGAGGGUGAGAUAAGAUGUGGGGUGGGGGUGUAAAGGUGGGGGGUUGAGGUAAUGGAGGAGGAACGGUGUGUACACAUGGGGGUACUUGUGCUUCUCAGCCUUAAAGCUCUUCUGUUUGUCUACGUGUUUGUCCUGCAUGUGUGGUGGUGAAUCUUGUUGUGCUUCUCAGCAGCAGUGGCUGAUUCAUAUCUCAUGGAUCAUAGCGGCAGAUGUUUACACUUCACUCCUCUUUCCUCACUGUCUGGUCUGCUCUGUUUUCUAUGCCAGCAAUCUGUACUGAAGGAUUACAUUGAGGCUACACUCCUUGCAAAAAUACUUCUCCUGCUACACCCUUGUUGUGGAAGCAUACUACCUCUGUAUCAGUCUUGUUUGCCAGUAACAGGCCCUGUAAGACUGUGGUGGUCCCCUGCAGAAUCUGAUAUUAACAGCCAUUUUGACACAUUCAAAUAUGUCGCCAUGCUGAUUUGGCUCGAAGAAAACAAAACAUUCCACUGCCGCCAGCUUACCUGGCUGUCAGCAGGUCACAGGGUCUGAUGGAGCACCUGCCUAACCUGGAGAACCCAGCCAGACUGCAGGCUUUGAGAAUCCUGGUAUCCUGUGGCCCACCCUGUAACCCAGCCUAGUGUCCCUGUAUACCCUGUAACCCAGCCUAGUGUCCCUGUAUACCCUGUAACCCAGCCUUGUGUCCCUGUAUACCUCACAACCCACAGUGGCCAUGUGGUGCUUUUGUGACGCAGUCUUUACAUACUGACAUGCUGUGCUUCGUCUGGGCUGAAGCUAGCAAGCAGAGGGGCCCCAGGUAGAAGAGCCUGAUGAGUCUAACCCUAACCCUGAGUGUACACCAUCAACAGGGCUGAAUAGUUCACCUUCUGAGGGGCCUGAGGGGAACCCCGUGAGAACUGCAGCUUGUGUGUUUUCUGUCAAACGUGCAGUGUCUAGCGCAAUGGCCCAAUUUAAAGGUGGGUUCAUUUGCAACAAUCUUUCCCUAUUUAUAUUGUUUUGGCCAUUUUCUUGUAUGAUUAGAUCACUUUUGGGUAUUGUAGGUAUACACCACUUGUUAUUGAAGGAUAAGUGGCCAGGUUCAGGCCUUAGUCACUGUGUCCAUACAAGAUGCUGUUCAGCCAGUGCUUGAUUUCAAGCUUAGUUGUUUGAUGACCUCAUCAAGAGUUAUCUGAUUUGUUGGAUUGACAGAACUGUAUACCAAAACAUCCAUCAAAGCCCUUAUGCUAGCAUAGCCUUGAAAUAUGUUCACUGCCUAAAUGUGAAUCAAAAUAUUGUAGUUUCGAUUAAGAGUUUAAAUCAGAGUAGUAAGCGGCCUAUAAAAUACAGGUUUUUGUUUAAACCGCGUUGCUUUGGAUUGUAAGUAAAUGUGUUAUCAUUCAAAUUCUGCUUCAAAUUUGGGUAUAAAGGAUUAUGUAGAAAAUGUAGUAUUCCGUUUUUCAGAAUUCAUGGAAAUUAUUCAGACAACUCUCAAGCCAGGUUAGGCUUGUCUGGUAUUGUGCUCUGAUUCUUAAAUAUAUUCUCCCAAUUAGCAUACUUUGCACUUUUAAUUGAUUGUCAAAUAUCAAAGCACAGAACAAGCUAAUCUUAUGUUCCUAAUGUCUUUGAGUUUGUAUUUGAUCAUUAGUAAAAAAAAUAAAAAAAAUAAAAAAAUGUAACAGUUUUUAUUUUUUAUCCCGCACCUCCGUUGACUUGUCUUCUGCCCCCUGAGUGCUAAAUUAGCGCUAGCUGCAUUAGCCUUCUGCUGCUGCGCGCUAACUGGACCCACUUGCUGGAGCACAUUAUAAUGUGCAACUAUCCUGUCACCGUGUGACAUCCAUCGUCUUGUCUUAUUGGGUGUGAAUCAUCGUCAAUCACAUUACACUAAUGUAUUUGAUUGGAUUGAAUCAUGCAUGAGGCAUGAGUGGUACAGAAGAGACCAAUGUCUUAUAGGUGGAGUAGUUUUCAUUUUUGUAUAGUCAAAUUCUAAUAGGUUGUCGGUGAAAAACCCGUUGUUACAUUUUUCUUUUAAACAGAUUAAAUGAGGAUGAGGGAUUGUGUUGGGUUUAUAGUAACUGUCCAGUAGUCCUGUUGGCUUGCAACCCUGCUGAAGCUUGUAGCAUGGUAAUACGUGGAUUUUCUAAGAUCAGUCGCUUAUGGAUGUCCUGGAGUAAUUUGCUUUGGAAGGUUCAUAUAAAUACUUUUAAACUGUAAAAUAAGGACCAUGUUUUAGCUUUACUUUGCCAGGUUCAGUGACGCCUUAAUUGCCAUGUGGUUUGACAUGCCGUUCUUAAACCAUGAGGGUUUUAGUUUUACAUUUGAAGGUAUUGUAGCCCAGAAGAAUCUCUCAUCUCUCAAACAUUCUUCUGUCAUUGUCUUCUAAAAUUAUGAAGGUACAUUGUUUAAUUUUGGUUCAUUUUAUUAUUGUUUAUUAACUUGGAUAUUUAAAUGUGUUCAUUGCAUUUAUCAUCCACGCUGAUUGUGUGUCAUUUCCAUUAAGAUACAAUAAAGUUGAUUUAGAGCCUGUU